AUGGGUAACAUAAAUGAAAGCCAAAACACAUAAGAAAACAUUCCAGACUUCGUUAAAGCCAUAUCGCAUUUUACAUACAACAAAUGCUUGAAUUAGCUUGAAUUAUAAAACACUAUUACCUUGGAUUCUAGGAUUUACUUAAAGAAAAAGGAAAAAAUUGUUGACUCCAACGCUCUUUCUAAACUCGGAGAAGGUCUUUCCAAUUUAACUAAUUUAAGACACAUCUCUAUAAUUUUGAGAGAGUGCCAAUUCAACGAAGAGAGUAUUUAAUCUCUUGCUAAGGGUAUAUCAUCUUUAAUCAAUUUAGAAAACCUUGAAAUUGAAAUAAGCUCAUGCGAGCUAAAUGUGAGUCAAUGCAUCUCAAUCAUGAAAGAAAUUAUGAAAAUGACUUGGCUAAACUCCUUAACUCUCAAUUUAACCAAAAACGACUUAACAAAUGAAGGAGUUAUUCAAUUAUCUUAAUACAUAACUAAAAUGCCUUAACUGAAAGAAUUGCAGCUAUUUUUAAAAGGUAACUAUUUCAAUGAAAAAGGAGUUUCUCAUAUUAGCGAGAUGCUAAACAAUCUCCUUAACUUGAAAGUCAUUUUUGUAGAUAUUGAGAAUAAAUAUAAAUAACUAGAAAGCACAAUUAAUGAUAUUGAACGUAAGAACGAUUCUAAUUGUGGUAUUUUUGAUUCAGGAGAUGAUACAAGUUGA